UUAUUUCCUCUUUUUCUUCUUGCAUCUGUAACUCCCUGACUAGAGGAACCCACUUUUGCUGACUUCUAGGCCACUUCUGUGGAGACUUCACGUCUCUCCUGUGUAGAAAUUAUGCUCAAUAAGGAGUCUCGGUCACCGUUGCCGGAGUGUUAAUCUAGAAAGAGAGAGCGAGAGAGAGAGAGAGAGAGAGAGAGAGAGAGCGAGCGCGAGCUAGCUGUUGUAAUGAAAUGGUGAGACGUGCAGUUAUGGCCCCAGAGCGCAUUAUUAAAAGAGGAGGAUAUAUUACUGAAGUGCCUUAGCUCCAGCAGGCUCUGCUUAUUGCUCACUGGCUUCUGCUGCUAUUUAUAGAGACUACAACUGCACUGAGCGCUCGGACUUGGGCUAUUUAUUUUAAUUAGGCAAUUACGCGUCGCUCACUCUGGCAUAUGCACAUAGUUAGGUAUAUAGGCAGUAGAUCUAUAUUUGUCCUUUGAACACUGAGAUUCGUUUCUGUCAAGGUUUACCAUUUAUAUUCUGCAGAAUAAGAUUUAAAGCAGGGAGCACAAAUGUUAUUUUCCCUUCGCGCGCGCACACACACACCAGAUUCAGCACAUCCGUUUUAGGGAAAGAAAUCAGAGUUGAACCUUCCUAACUUUUUUUUUUUAAAGCACUUUCAUGCAUACGUCAAACAUUUAAAUGGCCCAGUCCGGUUUCCCAGACACGAUUAGGACCACGCGAUUAACGCCAUGUGAUUUGUCUUUAUAAACUGACCUAUCGCUCGCGAGCGCCAUCCAUCAGUCUGCGCGCGCACGCACGCGGGUGGCGUUGUGUUACUCUUCAUUACCUCCCGCCCUGUUUUCCUGCUUAUUUCAUCAAUCAGUACCGUUAGCGGAGCGGAACCGAGUGCACGUCUCUCCGACCUUUUCUUUCUCUAACUGUAUCGCUUGAGGAGAAAAAUAAAGUUUGGCUGAUUUCCACGAGCAAAAACGUCCCGCAGCUUUAAUCCCCCCCCCCCUUUUUUUAAUAGCAACUCCCCAUGUUAGUUUUACUUCGGCGUUCAUGAGUUUUUAUUUACGUGAGUGAACAAACUACAGUCGUACUACACAAGGUCAAAAAUAGUACUAUAUUUUCUUUAUACAAUUUACUGUAGGUAACUGUUUAUUAUGGCUGAUCGACUCUAGAACUUUAGAGGAGUCGACUCCAUGAAUCAAUUCCGUAAAAUAAGAGUCAUGAAUACUAAACCUAAAACAUGGGUAAGGCACUAGCGUGGUUAAGAAGAGAUUUUGGAACAACCGCCAACUUCAAAACUGCCAAGUUGGCUCGCGAAAUAAGAUGAUUUAAAGACCGAACAUUAGCUAAAUUACCCCCAGCUUCUUCGGCCCCAUGAUGGUGAAUAGCCGUGUGGAGUCAUCAGCUGUGGCUGUAACAGGUGGAGGAGGAGGAGGUGGGGGUGGAGCAGGCCGAUCGUGUGCAGGCUGCGGUGGCCGCAUCUCUGACCGCUUCCUGCUCUUCUCCAUGGAACGCUAUUGGCACACGCGCUGCCUGAAGUGCUCGUGCUGCCAGGCACAGCUGGGUGAGAUCGGCACCACCUGCUAUAGCAAAGGGGGCAUGAUCCUCUGCAGGAACGACUACAUCAGGUUGUUUGGACACAGUGGGGCUUGCAGUGCAUGCGGUCAGUCAAUUCCAGCUAGUGAGAUGGUGAUGAGGGCACAGGGCAACGUCUACCACCUGAAGUGUUUCACGUGUGCUACGUGUCGGAACCGCCUGGUGCCUGGGGACAGAUUCCACUAUAUCAAUGGUACCAUCUUUUGUGAGCAUGACCGGCCUGGAGGAGGCAUGCUCAGCAGUCACCUGGCCCCACUACAGAGCAGCACGCUCCUGCCUGACCAGAAGGUAUGCUAAAGGGACAAGGACUUAACACAGCAGAGCACAGCCUGCCGUGUGUUUUGUCCUUCUUUUUCUCUUCAUCUUUUCUCCCUCUUCUUCAUCUUUACCUUGCUUCAGAGGUGCUGAUGUCCCUCCAUUCUGCGGAUGAACACACCUUAAUGGACUCUUAAAAAGUUUUGUUUUCAAACAAAAUUCUCUGAGGCUGGAAGCGCUUCCUCCUUCAUGUUCAGGGUAAGAUGAGUGAGCAGAGAAGAUUAAAGUUACUGUAAAUGUUGGCUUUGGGUUGGCAUUAACUGAACCCUGCUGAUAAACCCUAAAUUCCGAGGAUGAGGAAAGGAGGCCCACAUUUCCAAUUCUGUUUUUAAGCUUUGAUAUUAAGACACUUUUCGAGGAUACCGCGGAUGUUACGUGACACACUGCUGACCGUGAAGUGCGGUGGACGCUGUUACUGCUAAUGGAUAAUACUGAUUGUUUUUCCUUCCAACAGAGAGAGACCUGAAAUUUUGCGGUUUAUACUCUGUAAAAACACAGUUUGCGUAACAUGAUUGUGUGAGUUUUGUACUGCUGGUGUUUGCCUGUUUCACAUCAUUGGCAGGAGUUCAUGUUUCUGUGGGCCUGAUGUCCUGGUUAGGAAACAAAGAGAAUAGAAUACAAAUGUAUAUAUUCUUGUCCUUUACUGUUGUAUUGUGUGCUCAGCAGCUGAAUUUUGUGUUUCUGAGCGAAAGUGCAUUUAAAAUGAUAUAUCUGUAUAGUUAAAAAGUACUUAUUAAAUAACUAUAACCAAUA